UAUGUCUGCGCCCUUCAGCAAGGUGGUGAAAGAGUAAUAUUUUUUUUAUAACGAACCUUAACAGUCAGUUAUUAUACAGCAUUUAGAUAAUUUAUGACUGGAGACAGGAUCGUUAUAGUCAAAUCGAUUAUUAUAGUAACAGGAAGUACCUUACGGAGGCAUUUCACCAUUUGUUAUUUCACUUAAAGAUCAUAUGUUAGGUUGCAAGAAAUGGCUAGGGAGCUCAGCUGUUUACUUUCCCAAAAGUUCUUAUAAUGUUAUGUAGGUUGAAAUGUAAUCGUCAGUUGCAACAAGUCCACUUAUUUCGUAGGCUUUUAAAUUCCAAAUUGUUAGGGUGGAUUGUGGUAGCUGUCUCCGCAGGAAUAAGGUACACCACUUGUGGUUGUUAGCGACGUGCGAUUUUACAUUUCAUUCAAAUAAAGCAGUGUUGGUGCACUAUACGCACGCCGAAUUAAUAUCUACCUGCUUUAGAAACAGAAUAUCAAUUAUUAUAGAGGUUACUGGGUAUAUACAUGUGUUAUAACUAGGAACAUUUAAAAUUGUCAAAUUUUGAAUGAAGUUUGGCCUAAAGUUUCUUCCGCAAAAGAGAACAGCAUGAGUCGAAGCCAAGUUGUAUGACGAUAUGUUUGUGCCGCUCUACACCGAAUUUCUGCUUAUACAAUGGCCUACAGAAGAGCUCUAACUCUCCUCCCAACAGGAAAGGAGUGUUUCUUUAGUAAGUUGAUACCUUCACCAAAUGUCAUCAACAAGACUCUUAGAUUUCACAAUCACUGUGGCAGAACUACAAGAACUCUUUACACCAGUGCACCAUUGCUGGUGGCCAAGUUACUGUCGGUGGAUGAGCUUUUUGCCAGGAAGUCUCUGCAGGAGUACCUGAGGAAGAUGGAGACAGAGUACAGUGAAUGUUUGCGAGCAGUCAACAGCAGUUCAACAGAGGGGCAGUUCAGUGAGGACGAGCUGAAGACCAAGAGGAGUGAAGUGUCCCUGCUGGCUCCUCUCAUCCAGAGCAUCAGAGACCUGGACACCAAACAUAAAGAGAUUGCUGAGACUGAGAUUCUCCUUAAAGAUGAAGACCCAGCCCUUCGAGAACUGGCGCAGCUGGAAAGAGAAGGCUGUUUUCAAGAUAUUCAAGAUCUUAGACAAAAGAUCCUGGAUCUGCUGAUCCCUGAGGAGGAGGCUGAUCUGAGCGACCUCAUCCUGGAAGUCACAGCUGGUGUUGGGGGUCAGGAGGCCAUGCUGUUCACUGCUGAGGUGUUUGACAUGUACCAGGGCUUCGCUCAGCAUCACGGCUGGUCCUUUGACAUCCUGGAACACAUGACCAGUGAGAUAGGUGGACUACGUCACGCCUCAGCCAGUAUCAGCGGCCCUCAGAGCUAUAAAAAGAUGAAGUUUGAGGCUGGAGUCCAUCGGGUGCAGAGGGUUCCCAAGACUGAAAAACAGGGCCGAAUGCACACUAGCACCAUGACUGUGGUUGUGCUGCCCCAACCCACUGAGAUCUCUUUCACAAUAAACCCAAAGGACCUGAGGAUAGAAACUAAGAGGGCAAGUGGAGCUGGAGGCCAACAUGUCAACACCACAGACAGUGCCGUCAGAAUAGUCCAUCUGCCUACAGGUGUGGUUGCAGAGUGCCAGCAGGAACGGUCCCAGCUGAAAAACAGAGAGAAAGCCAUGAAGGCUCUAAGAGCAAAACUGUACAGCAUGAAGCUGGAGGAGGAGACCAGCAAACGCUACAACCAGCGUAAAGUACAGAUUGGCACCAAAGGCAGAUCGGAGAAGAUCCGGACAUACAACUUCGCCCAGGACCGUAUAACAGACCACCGGAUUGGCAUGACGGUGCACGACAUCAGGAACUUCCUGCUGGGAGAAGAUCUGCUGGAAGAGAUGAACUCCUCGCUGCAGGAGUUCUCCAGUCAGGAGACGCUCAUGGAACUGCUGGGAGAAAACGACCAGGAAGCUUCCUGAGUUUGUCUCCAAGGAAGAUGGAUUUCAUGGGAAACUUCUUGCUGCACACAGUAUUGCGGCAGAGAGCAAACACUGAAAUUUAGGUCACUGCUACGCUGCUUCAAAUUCUGCAGUGAAAACUGAAAGGAAAAGGACCCUGGUGGUGACCAAGUCUUAAUGCUUCUGCUCAUCAAGAACUUAAAAUAUGUUGAUUUUUAUGACCUGUGUCUACAGAUGGAGAUACAGGUAGCCAUUUUAUGGAAACCAUUCGAACAUCCAGUAUUGAAAAGUAAUGUCAGCAUGAUGGGAGCGAUCGUAAAGUCUUGUAUUUGGGUCCACAAACCUUUGUACAUGCUGUGA